CGUGCUUUUCAAGAAUGGCUCGGUGUAAAAACUUGAAGUGGUUUAAGCCUUAUCCUGAAGUUGUUUCAGAGCCGGAGGUGAAGGUAUUUACAUACUUCUGGUCAAACACGACCACCCGUGACUUUUAAUUCCUCUUACAUGACGCCUUUGUCCCCAGUUUCCUCCUUAUCUUCAAUCCCAUAAUCCGCUGCAACUUCGUCAUCUUCUAAAAUAAAACAUGGCGGGAGCAGGGAAGAAAAUUUUUUUGGAGUUUAUUUUUCAUUUUAGAAGUUCAUGAGGCUUUACCCAGUGAAAUGAGUGCAACAGGAUGGGCUGAAUCGCUACGAAGGUUUAACGAGAGGAAGAAGGCGGAGAAAGAAGAAAAAGCCGAUGAUCUAGAUCAAAGUACUCCCAGUGAGACAGAACUUUUUACCAAAUACUACAAUGAAUGGAAAGGAGCUGGAAAAGUCAAAACCAAGAGCUAUGAUGCUAUUCCCAGGUUUUAUUUCAAGCUUCCUUCAGAAGAUGAGGUUUUGUUACAGAAGUUAAGAGAGGAGUCAAGAGCUGUAUUUCUUCAGAGGAAAAGUAGAGAGCUCCUUGACAAUGAUGAACUUCAGAACCUGUGGUUUUUACUCGAUAAACAUCAUACACCACCUGUGUUUGGAGAUGAACAGAUGAUCAACUAUGAAGACUUCUUAAAAGUUGCUGGAGAGGCUGGUGAAAAAUGCAGGCCCUUCUUCAGUGCAACUGUUUUUGCCAAAUUAUUUCAGCAGGAUCCUUUUGGGAGGAUCUCUAUCAUGCAGUUUUUUAACUAUGUCAUGCGAAAAGUUUGGCUUCAUCAAACCAGAAUAGGCCUAAGUCUAUAUGAUGUUGCCGGACAAGGAUACCUGAAAGAGUCGGUAAGCUUGCAGUAGUUUGUGUGAUGGUUGUGAACUAGUGGAAACUAGUAAU